AACGGACGACUCUGAAAAGGAAAGGCCUCUUCUCCAACACCAAACAAGGAAUAACCUCUGGGUCUCCCAUGUCAUUGCGACACAGCUUCCUUAAGCUGCCAUGAAAUGUAUAAAAGACAAGGCAACGAAUUGCAGGGACAAUGCGAAACUAUUGACAUCCGAUUACAGAAGAGGGAGAGGAACGUAAGAGUGAUUCGAAGAUGCUAGGGAGGCGCACAUACAUUGAUUUUGAGCCCUUCAGCAAGUGGAACAAAGGGGAGGAGAGUGACACUCUCGAGCUCCACCUUCACGGAUUCAGGAAGGACCAAAUCCGUGUCCAAGUUAACAGCGUUGGGAACCUACUGGUCACCGGCGAAAGGCAGUUGGAGAACAAGAGGUGGAGCCGGUUCCGUCUGGAAGUCAAGCUCUCCUUGAAAUUCUAUUGCCCGAAUAGCGUUCAUGCAAAGCUUGGGAACGGCAUUCUCUAUAUAAUAGUUCCAAAAAAAGAUGUCAAUCCUCCGAGACUGAGUCCCCAGCAGGCAGUGAAUGAGAAGAGAAGACCCGACAGCGAGAAGAACCAUCAGAUGGUGGGGAUGGAUCCUUAUCUUGGUGAGCCAAAUGCAGGUGAGAUUGGAAGUGAGGAGCUGGGGCAGAAGGGAUCCUAUUGGAGGUUGGGAUUUGUGGACCGGAGGAGGGUUCUGCAAGUUUCCGUUGCGGUGCUUGCAGCAGCGGCUAUUGGAGUCGGAACUUAUUUGGCGUCCAAGUACUGGUUCAAUCGUCGUGAUAACACAGAUCAAUCUGUGACCGAGUUCAUUCCUUUUUAACUCGUUGCAGUUCACACAAACAUAUCAUUAAUGUAACUAUCAAGGAAACAGAAGCCUGAAUUUAAUGGCCUUAGCAUAUCUUUCCCAGCUUGGCAUGGACCCGACCUAAGUUGAUCUCGUGGCUUUUUUCUUUUCUUCUUUUUUUUGAACAUAAAUUUCAUAUAUUCAACUGUA